AUGUCUCACCCUCAGAGAAAGCUUAUCAGGAAGUUCCUCAAACAAAUGAACGUGACAGUAGGCGACCUGGAUGAAAUCAUCGAGUGGGUGGUGUGUGUCUCCAGUGAGGUGUUCCUCCCAGUGAUGGCUCUGCACAGGACCUCCAGACCAGAGUCGUCAGACUCGUCCCGCUGGGGGUCAGGUGUGCUCCAGAUCGUCUCUGAAAAGUUCCACCAGCGGAGUUCUGAGCCGAAGGGAAGGCUCCUGGGCGGGCAGCCGCCCACUCCCCCUUCUGAGACCGACAAGGAGCUUCAGGGCAUAACAGAUCUGUCUGUGAGUAACAUCCUGAAAAGGGCCCAGGAGGACCUCUUCUCUUCUGGUGAGGAUGACCUGGAGAACACCCAUCCAGGUAUUACUCUGACAGAAGAGAAGCUCUCCAGCAUCUUCUCAGAGCUGUUCAGGGAUGCCUGUGAGAGUGCCCAGGAGGCCGCCAGACGGAUCCACCACAUGAGGUCUGGAAGAGGCAACAACAGCCAGAAUGGGAGUCGGCCUGGGUCGUCACAGGGAUCGAGCACAUCCAACAUGCCAGAGUUGGGAGAACUGGGAGGCCAGGGAAGUUGGGGAGACCAGCAGCCCUGCUGGGGAGAUGGACGAGACCCAGACUGCCAGCACUCCCAGCAUUCCCGGUCUGGGCAUGGCGGCAGAAGGAGUAGCCAGACCACCACUCCCACCACCGGCCACAGAGAGGCAGGAUUCACAGCCAGUAACAUCUUUGAUGUUAUUGUUCAUCUGGCGCACUCUGACACUGACCGGGAACUCCGCCAGGAGUUCAGCAGUGAGGAUGAUGUUUCACUGAAUGACAUCAUGGACAUGAAGUCAACCCCGGCAGUGGAGCCCCUGGGUCAGAUCCUGUCCUCAUGGAAGCUGGUCAACAUGAUCUUCAGGGGGAAGGUCCACUACUUUGGGAAGGAGCUCAUCUGCAAGGUGUAUCAGAUGCUUCUGGACACCGGUAUGGGCAGGAGGCCAAUGGCCCGCCAGAGCAGGUCCGAGCCCAUCCUGAAAGACCUGGCUGCCAACCGUAGGCUCUCCAAUGAAUUCUUCACAGACGUGCUGUACAUGUUCAUCCAACGGGCCAUUAAGAAUCUGCUGGAGAACUUCUUGGGUCUGCCGACCACCCCACCAGGUAGAGACAUUAUGUGGAAUGACAAAUUUAACUGGAUGUAUAGGGACGGCUGGGGAACACAUCCAGCGAGGAGGAAUUGUGGGACAGCGACUCCACCUGGUCAAGUGGGCAUGGGCAGGAGGAAGGGACAGAGUCCCGUGGGAGGGGCCAUCUGCCAGGUCCUGACCACCAGGGUGGGAGACAUCCUGAACAGUACCUGCAACGACGAUUGCAAGGCCAGGCUCAUCAUCCAGAAAGGAUUGGAUUCCGGUGCCAGGGAAAGGUUCCCUGACUCUCCGUGUCCCUCUUCACCCAAGGACGAAGAGGAGGUGGUUGUGAGUGCCAUGACUGUCUCAUACCCUAAACCCUCCACCUCAACCCAGGCAGCACGGGCAGCUCCUGCCCAGACUCUGGACGUUUUUCUGCCCAGACCCUGCCUGGAUGAAGAAGAGGUAGUGCCCAGCUCCUCCUUGAAGGACAACUCUGUGACGACCACCCAUGCAGCACUGGCAGCUCCUUCCCAGACCCUGGAAGAAGAGGUGGGAGAAGCUGAGGUGUCCGAUGUGAGUGACAGCUCCCUGAUGCCCACCAAGGCCCUUGAGAAGAUUCCCUCCCUCCUACCAGGCAAGGUCCUUAUCGAGGAGGACACCCUCAGUUGCAGCACUCCCUGGGCCACCGUCAUGAGCCCCCAGACCCUGAAGUUUAUCCUCCACGGCAUCAUGUGCCGACUGGAGGCCUCAGAGUCCCCCCAGACAAGGAGGGCCAAUGACCCCUUCAGGCUGAUGAAGGAUCUCUUUCUGGAGGUCCAGAAUGCCCUGAAGUAUGCUGACAUCUCUGUCCUCUUUGGCCUGGAGGAGAGCAUCCAAUUCAUUGGGGAGGAUGCGGUGAAGGCCAUCGUGAAGACUGCAGCUAAAAGAUUGUCCCUGCGUUCGGACUCCAACCGGGCUCAACUGCGUGCUGCGCGCUCUGGUGGUGAGGCAGCCAUCAGGUGCAUGGCGGACACCAUCACACAAGUCAUAGAUGACUAUUCCGAGGACUGGAGUUCAGGCGGCCAUUUUGGAGCCAGGAGGAGCCGUGCUAGUGGGAGGUCACACUCCUCAACCUCCUCAAGGAGUGACGUCACCCUCACCGAGGAGCUCCUGGCCCGGAGGGAAUCCCUUGAAGAGGACCUAGAGGAGAUGGCUGAUGACAGCACUGGUUUGGAGAAGACCAUUGUAAGCUCAGCCAUCUCUGCCAAGUCCCAGGAGAAGGAGAAGGAAGAGGCUAUGAAGGAAGAAGUGAGGAAGUCAGGAAAGAAGAGCCGAAGAAAUAAUAAGGACCAGAAGAAGAACAAGGUGUCUCCUCUUGGCAAUGAUAGUACUGUGGCUGCAGAUGAGCCGAAGAAAAAACAGGCUCUCUUCCCGCGGAUCACAGCUGCCCUGGCAAGACUAUUUUGUUUCCCCUGCAAAAAAAGAUGCAAAAAGUAACUGUGCAGAGACGAGUUUGGGAAACCCUGAUACCACCUCCCCCAACCCACUUUCUAAAAAACACCAGUGCCACCAGAAGAGGGAGACAACCCCCCCUAUUCACAACUCAU